AUGAGUUAUAAAAGCCAUAUAGCUGCUUCUUCGAGAGCUUUUGAUCAUCUUUAUGAUCCUAUUUUCAAGACGUCAGAUCCGAAAAAUGUUCACAAAGAAAAUUGUAUUGCUCUGACACGUUCAGCCCCAAUCCACGUCUAUCCAGUGUAUAAAGCAAUGUUCUCAGAAUUGUGCCAUGAACAAAGAAAUUGCUACGCUUAUCAAAAAAAUGUUUUGCCUUAUUACAGCUCCGAUAACAUAUCAGGUUCACCAAAACUACUGGCAGUCACCGGUGCUGACAGAGCAAAAUUCUUUUCAAAUCCAGUAGGCAACAUACGAACAAUCAACGUUGGAUUAGAUAUUGAAGAUCAAUUAGAAACGACUUCAACAACUAAAAUCAUAGAAUACAAGACAACAUCAAUGCAAACAAAAUUUAGAGAAUCAUCAGCUCAAACAAAGCCAUGGUUACCUGAAGUUUCAUGUUUUUCACCAGAAAAUGUUGACGAAGAAUUGCCAGAAGUUGUUUACGUCACAGACAUGAUUGAUACUGCUUCUUAUCCUGGAUUUCACGAGGUAGAAAUCAUUGAACGUGCACGAAAAAGGAGAUCAUGGGAGAAUGCUUUACCUUCAAUAACAGCUCCCAAUGAAAUUCAAUCAAGAGUUGCAGCUGUUGAAGCAUUCGAAUGGGAAGAGUGGGUUGUUAGAGAGAAAGACAUUAACGAAUGUCAACAAGCUAGAAUAAAGAUUGUAUCUGACUUAAUAGUAAAAAGGGAAAAGAAACAUCUGGAUGCAACUAAUCAGAAAAUUGAAAAUUGCAAUAGAAAAAUGUUAAGUCAAUGUAAAAAGCAGAAGGAUGUUCUAAUAAGGAAUUAUCAACGAAAUAUGAGAAAACUUGAUUUAGCACAACAUAAAAGUUUAAAUCAAAACAAGAUCAAUGAUCCAGUAAUGUUUCAUUUUGAAAAAAAGUUCGAAUAUUCGAUACCAAAGAUAAGACUCGAUGCAUUCUCGAAGAAGAGAACGCAAAUUGAAUACACAAACAAUUUUGAGAAGAAAUUUAAUCUUCUUGAGAAAGACAACGCCACUCAUGGAGACUUAAAGAAGUACAUGAAGUCCAAUAAACGUGAUUUGUGGCUUCCGAAAGGAAAACCAAAAGAGAUUGAACGUCAAAUGAAGUCAGAAAAAUAUUUGAAGAGACUUCACCAAACAUUGGAGCAUUUACGUUUUAAGAAGAAUUCGAGAGAGAAACUUUCAAAAUCUUUAAUUUUCAACGAACCAUUGCAAUCAAAAAAUCAAAGCUCAAGUUCGCUUGUUGUCCAAGUUUUAGAUGAAGAAACUGAAACACGUUAUGUAGCAACUGCUCGUGCACAUCGUCAUACUGAAGGUCGUGCUAUUCAGGGCAUAGUUUCACGAGGAAUGGAGGGAUGUAAGAAUUUUAUUGAAGAAGCAAGAAAAACUAAUUCAGUUGAUGCUGUCAAAAAGCUUAUUCCGAAGGAGUUUAUAAAAGAAAUCGACGGUCAAGAUCAGAUAUUGAAAGAAUAUAAACGUUUAGAAGAGGCUCUUAAAAAUGACAAAAAGCUCCAAGAAGAGUUAAAGAGAAUAGAAAAUAGCGACCCGAGUAAUAUGCUUCAUUUUCUUGAAAAGGAACUUAAACGAUUGGAAGGUGAGAAAAAAGAUCAGGCCACUUAUCUGUUAGCAGAACAUGAACGUUAUAAACUUAAAUCUCUGUCAAUGGGGGGAAUCCAUCUCCAAAAACAAUUCAAAAAUGAUGCACUUACUUUAUACUUGGAGAAUAUUCUCAUUGCAGCUAUUCAUCGAGUGAAUGACGAGAUUUCACGUGACUACAUCAGAAUGUUCACGAAUAAAAUUGAUCAAAGAGCAAGUAAAUCUCAAAACUUUGGAAAGACAACAGAAAAGUAUUGCUUUGAAUCAAAUACUGAACACAUUUCUGGGAAAUUGUUAAAUCACAAAGAAAACCGAGAUGACAUAGCUGUAAUUGAACUUUUGAAAGAUAAUUUGAUACCAGAAAUAAAGAACAGUAUUAGAAAUCAACAAUUUAUUGAAAAUCGUAAACAUUAUCUGCUGGCAGCAGGUGGAGAUGCUCACAAAGAAAAAUUUGAAGAAACAAAGCAAGAGGCAGAAUAUGAGAUA